GUAUUUGAGGUAUGGUAACAGAGAGAAAAUUGCCAAGGAACUCAAGUUUGGGGACAUUGUUGAGCGUCACCUGAUAGAUAAUGACAUUGUCCUGUUUAACCGACAGCCAUCUCUUCAUAAACUCAGUAUUCAAGCAUUCUAUGCCAAAGUUAUGCCUCACAGAACUUUCCGGUUCAAUGAAUGUUGUUGUAACCCUUUCAAUGCUGACUUUGAUGGAGAUGAAAUGAAUCUACAUUUACCACAGACAGAGGAAGCCAAAGCAGAGGCAAUCACAUUAAUGGGGUCAAAAUCAAAUAUAAUCACUCCAAGGAAUGGAGAACCUUUGAUUGCUGCUAUCCAAGACUUCAUCACUGGUGGCUACCUCAUCACACAGAAGGACGUGUUUGUGGAUAGAGCCAGGGCCUGUCAGUUGAUAUCAGCCAUGUUGUCAAACCGAGAGACCAAUCUUAAGAUUGACCUUCCCCCUCCUGCCAUUAUCAAACCUAUGAAACUGUGGACAGGGAAGCAGAUUUUUAGUGUUCUUCUGAGGCCCAACAAAGACUCUCCUGUCAGAGCUAACCUGAGAACAAAGGGAAAGAACUACUCCAAAGGGGAAGAUCUGUGUGUGAAUGAUUCUUUUGUGGUAAUUCGGAACAGUGAGCUGUUGUGUGGUUCUAUGGACAAAGGCACUCUGGGUGGUGGAUCUAAGAGUAACAUUUUCUAUGUGAUCCUGAGGGACUUUGGGGAACAGGAGGCAGCUGAUGCUCUAUCUAGACUGGCCAGACUUUGUCCUGCUUAUCUUAGUCAUAGAGGCUUCUCCAUUGGAAUAGGGGAUGUAACUCCUGGUGCUGGAUUGAUUAAAGCCAAAAAUAAUCUUUUGGAUGAUGGGUACAGAAAAUGUGAUGGGUUCAUCCGAGAUUUAGAUGAGGGUAAACUUCAGACUCAGCCUGGCUGUACUGAAGAAGAAACCUUAGAGGCUAUGAUUCUGCGAGAGCUGUCUGUUAUUAGAGACCAUGCUGGAAAAGCCUGUCUCAGAGAACUACACAAAAGUAACAGUCCACUUAACAUGGCCAUCUGUGGUUCUAAAGGUUCCUUCAUCAAUAUUUCUCAGAUGAUUGCUUGCGUAGGACAGCAGGCUAUUAGUGGAAAGAGAACACCCAAUGGAUUUGAGGACAGGGCUCUGCCGCAUUUUGAGAAAUUCUCUAAGGACCCUGCAGCUCGAGGGUUUGUGGAGAACAGUUUUUACAGCGGACUGACCCCCACAGAGUUCUUCUUCCACACAAUGGCCGGAAGAGAGGGCCUUGUGGACACCGCAGUCAAAACAGCAGAAACAGGAUACAUGCAGCGACGACUCGUCAAAUCUUUGGAGGAUCUUUGUUCCCACUAUGACCUGACAGUCAGAAGCUCCACCAAUGACAUUGUACAGUUUGUGUAUGGUGGAGACAGUCUAGACCCCGCCUCCAUGGAGGGAAAGGACCAACCAAUCGACUUCAAGAAAGUCUAUGAUCACGUCAAGGCUAACACCAGAAGCAGUUUCCGAGAUGAACCUUCUCUGUCUGGGACUGAGCUACAAACACUGGUCAACACCAUGUUACAAGAAGACAAGUACAAAAGCUGCAGUGAGGAUUUUAAAGAUGAUUUGAUAAAAUUCAUAGAAACAGUGGGUUCAGACAUUGACUUGGCAAGAGAAAGGUUUGGAAUAGUUGAUGCACAGCAAGAUAAAUUACCUCCAGUUUUGUUUGAGCUGAACAGAGUGACACCAUCCCAAGUGAAACAUUUCCUGAAUGUGUGCAGGGAUAAAUUCAUGAAGGCACAGAUAGAACCAGGAACAGCAGUGGGUGCUGUCUGUGCACAGAGUAUAGGAGAGCCAGGAACUCAGAUGACUCUGAAAACUUUCCAUUUUGCUGGGGUGGCUUCCAUGAACAUCACCCAGGGAGUACCAAGAAUCAAAGAAAUUAUCAAUGCCUCAAAGAACAUAAGUACCCCCAUCAUAACAGCAGAACUUAUGGUGAAUAAUGACCCCGAGUUUGCUAGAGUGGUCAAAGGGAGGAUAGAGAAAACCACUCUAGGGGAGGUGUCAGAAUACAUAGAGGAGGUUUUCAUACCAGAUGACUGCUUUAUUCUUGUGAAGCUAGAUUUGGAUAGAAUAAGACUGCUCAAGUUGGAGGUGAAUGUUGAGAGCAUUAAAGAAUCCAUUUGUACAAGUAAACUGAGGGUCAAGCCUCAGGAUGUACAAAUUCAUAGCUCAGCUAUACUCAGCGUGAGGCCCAGGGAAACAUCAAAGAGUUCACUGUACUACAUACUUCAGAUGUUAAAGAAAGAACUGCCCUCUGUCAUGAUCAAGGGAAUUCAGAAUGUGACAAGAGCAGUCAUACAUAUUGAUGAGAAAAAGGGAGACACCUAUAAACUCCUAGUAGAGGGAGACAAUUUACGAGCUGUCAUGGCAACACCAGGAAUUAAGGGGACACAUGCCUCUUCAAAUAAUACCUUUGCCAUGGAGAAGACACUGGGUAUUGAGGCAGCACGUACAACAAUUAUGAAUGAAGUUAACUACACAAUGUCUAGUCAUGGAAUGAGUAUUGAUAUCCGUCACGUCAUGUUACUGGCAGAUUUGAUGACAUUCAAGGGUGAAGUUCUUGGCAUCACUCGCUUUGGAUUGGCAAAAAUGAAGGAAAGUGUUCUCAUGUUGGCAUCAUUUGAGAAAACAGCUGACCAUUUGUUUGAGGCAGCUUACCAUGGACAAAGGGAUGCCAUCAAUGGGGUCAGCGAGUGCAUUAUCAUGGGCAUUCCUAUGGGGAUUGGCACUGGACUCUUCAAACUGCUCCACAAAGCUGAGAAGAUUGAUCCAACACCCCCACGUAGAGAACUGAUAUUUGAUGUACCAGAGUUCCACCUUCCAGGAAUGGACAUCUCUUAGCAGUUGCUGUAUGAACAUUGUAUUUUUUGUUGUUAAAAAUAAAAAUCUUCCUGU